AUGCAGCGCACGACCGCUUCUGCCCAAUGCCCAGGGACAGGGACCACCUCUGCUAGCUUAGAAGAACUUUGCGUUAUCUUGGGCGCUGCGGGAUGCAACCAACGGCCGGUCGAUACUAUCCUGGCCAGCUGGGCUUCACAUACUAGACGGCAGUACUCAUCUCUGAAGAAAUGGCACACCUACCUCACACAGAUAGGAACCGACCUAGCUGCCGCUAACCACAUGAUCCCCUCCACUUUCCUAGCCUCGUUAGCCGAUAAGGGGAUGAGCUACUCAUCCGCUGCAUCUUCUAAGGCGGCUGUUACCACGAUCCCAGACUUGGUCUUCGUGACCACCUGGGGAAAAGACUCCGUCGUGGUGAGAUUCAUGGAAGGCCUCUUCCGUGCCAACCCUCGUAUGGCCAGAUAUAUAAUAAAUCUCGAUGAAAAUCCACUGCUGUCCCUGAGGCAGCUUACGCUCAAACUCACUAUUUUGCUUGCUUUGUGUUUCCCUAAGCGGGUGUCAGAGAUAGCUCCCUUCUCCCUGGGAAGUCUCCAGAGGAACGCUCAUCGCUGGGUGUUCUUUAUCGACUAUAGAAACAAAAUUCCCAGGUAUGGUCGACCCCUGUCAGCCGUGUACGAGGCAUACGAAGAUAACAGACUCCUCUGUCCCGUCAAAACGUUACAACAAUACCUCGCAGCAGCGGAAGAAUUCCGUGGUCAGGAGAACGCACUCUCACUCUCUUACGCGUCACCUCACAGACCAAUCUCCGCGGCCACCACGGUGCUAGUUGAAGCCGGGGUAGGAGGUGACUUCUCAGCUCAUUCUACACGCUCCGCAGACACAUCCAAAGCAUACAAGCAAGGCGUGUCCUUGGAGGCAAUAAUGCGCAACAACAUCAAGGAAACUUAUGCUGCGAGCGAAAGAGCAGCACAUGCGAGACGAAGAAGAUCUCUGGAGACAAGGGAGAAACCGUCGACACCUCGCCUCACCGUCAAGAAGUCAAAAAAAUAA